AUGCCGGGGGAACCAAGUGGCUUUGACAAGGUGGACAACUUCAAUUUCUUGAUGUCGCGCCACGAUCCCGCAGCCAAGACUCGUCACUAUUCUUUUGAUGCUGAUACUGGGCUGGUCCCGUUUGGCAAUGUGAGCAUGGAUUACGAUCAGACCGAGGGCAUGGGCGGCCUCUCCGUCAGCUCCUACGAUAGUAUAGACGAUGACCGCAGUUCUCUCGAUCUCCGGGGGUAUCCCUAUCACGCUCCCGGCGAGAAAAACAUCAACUACGGCCUCCCUGAGCAUAUGAUGCCCUACUCAGCGCAUUCCAUCUACCCCCCAGUGCCAUUUGCGCCCGACGAACUGGGCCAUGCACCGGGGGCUCUCACUCCAUCGGACGUCUCAUCGUCCAUCUCCCCGCCCAACGGCCAGAUGGGCAACACCAAGUACAGCACCUCUAUCUCCGGGGACCGUAUCGCCGCCGCCCUCGACCAAGAAGAGGGCGUCCGUGGUGCAGCAGAAGAGGACCGCCGCCGCCGCAAUACUGCCGCCAGUGCUCGCUUCCGCAUGAAAAAGAAGCAGCGCGAACAGGUCCUCGAACGGACCGUCCGCGAAACCACCGAGAAGAACGCUUCUCUCGAGGCUCGUGUCGCCCAGCUCGAGAUGGAAAAUCGUUGGUUGAAGAACCUCCUCACGGAGAAACACGAUGCCGGCUCCCGCCCGCCUCCACCCAAGGAUAGCUCGGCUCUCGAUCAACCUCCUAUCAACUCCAGGCAAAAACAUAUCCAGCCCAAAAAGAAGGGUGUCGGCACGGAGGAGUGA